UUCCGUAAUUCAUUUUCUCCUUAUUCUCCUGCAGGCAAGGAUCUAAGAAAGCGUGAGGAAGUUGCCGUUUACAAGGUCAAGUUUAGUCUUGGUUUGCUUUUAUUUCUUCGUUGACAGGUGGAGCCAAUGGAAUAAAGCAAUUGCUUGAGAAUUUUGCAAGAUCAGAGUACCUUUGGUUCUUGCUUCUGAUCAGCUUCUCUUUGAAUUUUUCCUACUAUUUUUGGUGCUUUAGAAGAGUUUAGAGGUUAGCAUUUUUAUUUUCAAACUAAGUUCAAGCAAGUAGAAAUCCGUUGGUUUGGUAGGAGGAAUCCUAUGUGAUGGAGAACUAUUUGAAUGAGAACUUUGGGGAUGUGAAGCCUAAGAACUCAUCGGAGGAAGCUCUGCAGAGAUGGAGGAAGCUCUGUUGGUUAGUCAAGAAUCGGAAACGGCGAUUUCGUUUCACUGCUAAUCUCUCCAAACGCUUUGAGGCCGAGGCUAUUCGUCGCUCCAAUCAGGAGAAGCUUCGAGUUGCAGUUUUAGUCUCAAAAGCUGCUCUUCAGUUUAUACACUGCCUAAAUUUGUCCAAUGACUACACGGUACCUGAGGAGGUUGAGUCUGCUGGCUUUCAAAUUUGUGCUGAAGAGUUGGCAACCAUUGUUGAAGGCCAUGAUGUGAAGAAACUGACAAUUCAUGGUGGAGUGGAGAGCAUCUCUGGCAAGCUCUCCACGUCAAUUACUGAUGGUAUUUCUACUUCUGAGGACUCACUGAAAAGAAGGACUGAAAUUUAUGGGAUAAAUAAAUUCACUGAGAGCCCACCAAGGGGUUUCUGGGUUUUUGUUUGGGAAGCUCUUCAAGAUACCACUCUUAUGAUACUUGGUGUUUGUGCCCUUGUGUCUCUUAUUGUUGGCAUAAUUAUGGAAGGAUGGCCAAAGGGUGCUCAUGAUGGACUAGGAAUUGUUGCAAGCAUUCUGCUUGUUGUCUUUGUCACUGCUACAAGUGAUUAUAAGCAAUCUCUGCAGUUCAAAGAAUUGGACAAGGAGAAGAAAAAGAUAUCAGUUCAUGUUACCAGAAAUGGUUUGAGGCAGAAGAUCUCCAUAUAUGAUUUACUUCCUGGUGACAUUGUUCAUCUUUCCAUUGGAGAUCAGGUCCCUGCUGAUGGACUCUUCGUCUCAGGGUUUUCUUUGUUAAUUAAUGAAUCCAGUUUAACAGGAGAGAGUGAACCAGUUCCUGUAAAUGCUACAAAUCCAUUUCUUCUUUCUGGAACCAAAGUUCAGGAUGGAUCAUGCAAAAUGCUCGUGACUACUGUUGGAAUGAGAACACAGUGGGGUAAACUAAUGGCUACACUCAGUGAAGGAGGAGAUGAUGAGACCCCAUUGCAGGUCAAACUGAAUGGAGUAGCAACUGUCAUUGGGAAAAUAGGCCUAUUUUUUGCUGUGGUGACAUUUGCUGUCUUGGUGGAAGGGUUAUUUAGACGUAAGCUUCAUGAAGGAAGCCACUGGAACUGGUCUGGUGAUGACACCAUGGAAAUGUUGGAAUUUUUUGCUGUUGCUGUUACAAUUGUUGUUGUUGCAGUUCCUGAGGGCCUUCCAUUGGCUGUCACAUUAAGUCUUGCUUUUGCAAUGAAAAAGAUGAUGAAUGAUAAGGCACUUGUUCGUCAUCUGGCAGCUUGUGAAACAAUGGGCUCUGCCACAACUAUCUGUAGUGACAAAACUGGGACACUAACAACUAACCACAUGACUGUUGUAAAAGCAUCCAUUUGUGGGGAAAUCAAGGAAGUAACAAGCUCCAAGGGGACUUUUAAUUUUGGGUCUGCAGUUCCUGGUUCUGCUAUGAGAAUUCUACUUGAAUCAAUAUUUAAUAACACUGGGGGAGAAGUUGUUAAUAACAAAGACAACAAAAUUGAGAUACUGGGAUCACCAACUGAAACUGCUCUUUUAGAAUUGGGGAUGCUACUUGGAGGAAAUUUCCAAGAAGAAAGGAAAAAAUCAAACAUUGUGAAAGUCGAACCAUUCAACUCUACAAAGAAGCGAAUGAGUGUAGUUUUACAGCUUGCAAAUGGGAGUUUUCGGGCACACUGUAAGGGAGCCUCGGAAAUAAUUUUAGCUGCCUGUGACAAAUUUAUAGACACAAAUGGUGAGGUUGUUCCCCUUGAUGAAGCAGCUGUCAACCAUUUAAAAAAUACAAUUGAACAAUUUGCUAGUGAAUCUCUUCGGACUCUUUGCCUUGCUUACAUAGAAAUUGGAAGUGAAUUCUCUGCUGAAAGCUCUAUUCCUUCCAAAGGAUACACUUGCUUAGGUAUUGUGGGUAUCAAAGAUCCAGUUCGCCCUGGCGUCAGAGAGUCUGUUGCAGCUUGCAGAUCAGCUGGAAUUGUUGUUCGAAUGGUAACUGGAGACAACAUAACCACUGCAAAAGCUAUUGCUAGAGAAUGUGGAAUUUUGACUGAUAAGGGCAUAGCAAUUGAAGGACCAGAAUUUCGGAAUAAGAGUGAGGAGGAGUUGCAUGAACUGAUUCCAAGAAUUCAGGUAAUGGCCCGAUCUUCACCAUUGGAUAAACAUACCCUUGUGAAGCACCUGCGAACAACCUUUGGAGAGGUUGUGGCAGUGACUGGUGAUGGUACAAAUGACGCUCCGGCUCUUCAUGAAGCGGACAUUGGGUUAGCCAUGGGUAUUGCUGGAACUGAGGUGGCAAAGGAAAGUGCUGAUGUCAUAAUUCUGGAUGAUAACUUCUCCACUAUUGUGACAGUGGCAAAAUGGGGACGUUCAGUUUAUAUAAACAUUCAAAAAUUUGUUCAGUUUCAACUGACAGUCAAUGUGGUUGCCCUGAUUGUCAACUUUUCUUCAGCCUGUUUGACAGGUAAUGCCCCCCUAACUGCUGUUCAACUUCUCUGGGUCAAUAUGAUCAUGGAUACUUUAGGUGCACUAGCACUAGCCACAGAACCUCCUAAUGAUGACCUGAUGAAGAGAUCACCAGUUGGUAGGAAAGGAAACUUCAUUAGCAAUGUAAUGUGGAGAAAUAUUUUGGGGCAGUCUAUGUAUCAGUUUGUGAUGAUAUGGUAUCUUCAGACGAGAGGAAAAGCAUUUUUCCAUCUUGAUGGUCCAGAUUCUGAUUUAGUACUAAACACGCUAAUCUUUAACGCGUUUGUCUUUUGUCAGGUUUUCAAUGAGAUUAGCUCCCGAGAAAUGGAGAAGAUAAAUGUCUUCAAAGGAAUACUGAAGAACUAUGUGUUCGUGGCUGUACUCACUUGCACCGUGAUCUUCCAAAUUGCAAUUGUUGAGCUCCUUGGUACGUAUGCAAAUACAUCUCCUCUCAAUUGGCGGCAGUGGUUUGUCACCGUUUUCCUUGGUUUCCUUGGCAUGCCAAUUGCAGCUGCCUUAAAGAUGAUACCAGUGGUAUCAAACUGAGACCUGAGCAGUGAGCUAAUGUGCUAGGUACUUCCUUUGCCAUCCAAAUUCUCACACAUGAAUGAGAUUUUUUAAACUUUUGCCACCCAUUCUUUAUUGUAAUUUUUUAAUCAGCUCAUCAUACAGCUGUAGCAUCAAUGGGGCUGUAGAAUUUUUUCACAAUAAAAGUGUGAAUGGCUACCAAAAUUUGAGGCCAAAGAUGGUUUUGACUGCUUAGGUGUUGUUGAUUAGAAGCAUGAAAACUGAUCUUCAUGGCAAGAUUUGUUACGAACCAGUAAAGCUUGUAGGAGAAAGAAUGUGAUGCGAUUUAUAAACUGAACCUUUUCAUGGUCUGAGAGUUCUUUUACUUGGUUAUCCAGUUCUAGUAACAUUGCCUUUGUUGAAAUUUGCAUUCUUUUA